AUGGCAUCGCUCACUAAAAAGCAGCAGAAGCAAAAUCCAAGAAAACGGCAUGAUAAAGACGCAUUGCCCAACGGUCAACCGAGAAAGAACUCAAAGAAGGCCGAAAGAGGGCCGACAAAGAAGGAAAUGAGGGAGGAGUUAAAGAAGUCUGCAGCAGAUAAGCGUUCAAAGCGUAAGCUGUUGAAGACUAGUAGUGGAGAGCAUAGCAAUUCAAAAAAUAGCGAUUCUAGGAAAGAUAAUGGCCCGAAGAUCAAAGAUAGCAAAGCUGGCAAUGGGAAGGUUAAAUCCCAGAAAAGCAUGUCCGCAAAAGUUUUGUACAGCGAGGAAAACAUCAACUCAUUCUUGUUGGAAGCAAAAGGUAGUAAAUCCAAGGACAAAGCAGUCAACAUGCUCCUUUUUGUAUUUAAGCACUUUAAAAACAGACCUGCCGAAAUACUAUCAAAAAUUAAAAUCUUAACGUCUGACAAGAAGACCGUAUAUGAAGGCAGCAGCUUGCAUGAUUCGGUACUGAAACAUCUCUUUUGCUAUUUUGGUAUGGAGGGCUCGGUUGCCGAGUGUAUUUUCUCGAUGCUAUCUACAGGCUCACUGCUUUCCAGGUAUGUCUGUGAUUUCUUAUUUUCAACAACAUUUGAUAAUGAUGAGUAUAAUUUCUAUUUUGAAAGCAUAUGCUCUGAGCUCUGCAAAACAGUCGAGAAAGUGUCUACAUUUAAAAUGGGUGACUAUCUUGAUCUGAUAGGUGAAAUGGAUAGUGUGGACGAUAUCCAGACCUGCAUCCCAGAUAUUGCUGAAGAGUCUCUGCAACAAAGUAGUAGUGUCGAAAAUGGUUCCCAUUGCAUUGAUCAGGGAGAAAGCGGACAGGCCUCAGUUCCAAACGGCGAGGAUUGUGCGUCAGAUCAUAGUGAGUCAAGCAUCUCACUUGUUUCACUGAAUGAUGAUGCUGAAAUAGAAAGACUUGAUAGGCAAAUUGGUAAGAUGCUGAGCAGGGGCAUGCUGUCAAGUCAAGACGAAACGUAUGCUACUAACUUGACCAAAUGUCUUGAAUUGCUAGUACAGCACAACUAUGCUGUUAAAACAGAAAACUUGGUCAAGAUUCUCUAUUUUGGACAGUUUGAAUGCAUAGCUAAGGCUGUCAAGUUUGUUGUUAAGGAUUUACUGCAGAAGAUCUGCGAACCAGAAAGAGUGUUUAAAAUCUAUCAGAUGUGCUCGCUUGCCAUUCCAGACAACUAUAGGCUUUUCAGCACCUUUUUUACAUACUGUGGCGAUAGUUUUGAUCUAAAAGCAUUCAUGAUUCCUGUCCUUAAUGCCGGGCAUGAGGAAUAUUUGGUGAGUAGAAUCGACAAGGAUAAGUUCUACUCAAUCUAUGACAGCACUCUUGGCCAGCCGUUUGAUGAUUUCCUAAUCUCUCUGGUUCAGACCGAGCACCGAAGAGAAAGGCUUCGGGAGCUUGAGGACCAGUACUUCAAACCUGAAAUUAAAAACGCAAUUUCCGGGACGUUAAAAAGACUGUCGACCAGUAAAGCAGGCAGCAAAAAGGACAAUGAAAAC